AUGACGUCCAAUGCGCUUCACAAUGACUAUCCAUGGACAUCCCCCAAUCACCCUUUGGUCGUCGCGGCACCGAUGAUGAAAAUCACCAUGGGUCGUCUGGCCGUCACUGUGUCGGCAAACGGCGGCAUUGGCUUCCUCGCGGGUGGAUUCGACCUCUCUUCCCUCCUCCAGAACCUCUCUGAGGCAGCGGAAUAUGCAAAAUCCACAAACUUGCCCCUCCACGAGGGCUUGCUGCCCAUUGGCGUGGGUGUCCAGAACUGGGGCAGCGACCUCCAGCUCCUGGUUCAGGCCCUGGAGAAACAUCCCGUCGCGGCGGUAUGGUUCUUCGCGCCCACCCACCUCAGCGACCUCCUCGACUGGGCCAAAGCCAUCCGCCACCUCACCGACGGGCGCACCAAGAUUUGGGUCCAGGUCGGCACCGUGGCAGAGGCGAUUGAAGUCGCCAAGACGACGAAGCCGGACGUCUUGAUUGUGCAGGGCUCGGAUUCCGGCGGCCACGGACUCGUGCAGCGGGCGAGUCUGCUCACGCUUUUACCCGAAGUGAGAGACGCGUUUGAGAGUGAAGAGAUCGACAUUCCCGUUCUGGCAGCCGGCGGGAUUAUGGAUGGAAGAGGUGCCGCGGCGGCGCUGGCACUGGGCGCAGACGGCGUCUGUUUGGGCACUCGGUUUCUCGCGUGCAACGAGGCCGUCAUCGCCAAGGGUUACCAGGACGAAGUGUUGCGAGUCACCGACGGCGGGACAAGCACCGUCUCGACCACCAUCUACGACACCGUCAGAGGCAUCCACGGCUGGCCGCAGACGUAUGUUGGCCGCGGUGUGAUCAAUCGGACUUAUCUGGACGCGGUGCACGGCGGCAUGGGAGACAAGGAGAACACGCAGCUCUACAAGGAGGCGAUGGAGAUGGGCGAUGCAGGCUGGGGUCCCGAGGGCAGGAUGACCACCUACGCAGGCACGGGCAUAGGGUUGGUGCGAGAGAUCAUGUCGGCGGGGGAUAUUGUGCGAAGCGUCCAGCAGGAGGCCAUACAGGUUCUGCAGCGGGCUGCCUCGAAAUACGGCAAGACGUGA